GAGCAGUCCGUAAGUGUUAAGUAAGUUGCGGUUGCAGACCGUGUGGCUUCGUUUCUGCAUUCGUUACAUGCUUCGUUACAGCAUGCAUGAGCAUCACACGACAGGCCCUGAACCGCUCCAGGUUUAUAUGUUGUUCAGCUCACGUAACCUGCAGAAGGAGGAUUGCUAUGUCACAGCAUAUGAAGAUGUCACGACACACACCCGCCAAGAGAAUUGAAGGACUGGAGAAGAACGUCUGGGUGGCUUUCACGUCACUGGCAGCCGAUCCAUCUGUUGUGAACCUGGGCCAGGGAUUUCCAGACAUUCCCCCACCUUCUUAUGUCAAGGAGGCCCUAGCAAAGGCUGCAUCAGUGGACAGUAUGAACCAGUACACCAGAGGCUUUGGGCACCCAUCUUUGGUGAAGGCCCUCUCUCAGGUGUAUGGGAAGGUCUAUGGACGUCAGAUUGAUCCUUUAAAAGAAAUUCUGGUCACAGUUGGAGGUUAUGGUUCCUUAUUUAGCUCCAUCCAAGCUCUGGUGGAAGAAGGGGAUGAGGUCAUCAUUAUUGAACCUUUCUUUGAUUGCUAUGUACCUAUGGUGCGAAUGGCCGGGGCCAAGCCUGUGUUGAUACCACUGAGGCUUAAGUCUGGAAAGAAAACAAUCACAAGUGCUGACUGGUUUCUCGACCCUGACGAACUCGCUGGUAAAUUUAACUCUAAGACAAAGGCCAUCAUCAUCAACACUCCCAACAAUCCCAUUGGAAAGGUUUUCACCAAAGAUGAGCUGCAGAUGAUCGCAGACCUCUGUAUUAAACACGACACUCUGUGCUUCAGCGAUGAGGUUUAUGAGUGGCUCAUCUACAGGGGGCGCCAGCAUGUCAAAAUUGCGACUCUGCCUGGAAUGUGGGACCGAACGAUUACUGUCGGCAGUGCAGGAAAGACGUUUAGUGUGACUGGAUGGAAGCUUGGCUGGUCUAUUGGACCUGAGCACUUGAUGAAGCAUCUUCAGACUGUCAUGCAGAAUUCUGUGUACACCUGUCCCACACCUUUACAGGAGGCAGUGGCACAAGGUUUGCUCCUGAACUGUGAGCUGAUGGGUCAGCCUGAGUGCUACUUCACUUCACUGGCAGAUGAACUGAAAGGAAAAAGGGACCGGCUGGCUGCCAUUGUGGAGGAGGCUGGCAUGACUCCCGUCAUUCCAGAGGGAGGCUACUUCAUGCUCGUGGACGUCACAGCGCUCAAUCAGGACCUUUCACAUAUGGCUGAGGAUGAAGCCUAUGACUACAAGUUUGUGAAGUGGAUGAUUAAAGAAAAGAAAUUGGCAGCCAUUCCAGUUACUGCAUUUGUUGGAGAAGAGUCCACGAAGGACUUUGAGAAAUAUAUCCGCCUUUGUUUCAUUAAGCAAGAUGCGACUCUCGAUGCAGCGCGGAGCAUCUUUCAAGACUGGAGGAAGGUUUAACGGGAGGGUCGUCUCAGGACCUGAACUGUACAAUAACUGGAAACCAGAUAGUACAUAUUUGAAAUACGUAAUUAUGAAGAGAAGGACUGAAUAGAUGAAAUCAGCAUUCAAUUCAAUUCAGUUGUAUUUAUAUAGCACCAAAUCACAACCGUCCCCUCAAGGCGCUUUGCAUUGUGGGUAAAGACCCUACAACAAUACAGAGAAAACCCAACAGUCUAAACGACCCCCUA